AUGGGCCUGCAUAGGAACAGAAGGCACAGCCUCACAGUGGACAUAACUCCUUCUCUCUUAUAUUCCCUUCAGGGAAACAUGGGGACUCUGAUCAACAUGCAGCCCCUGUUUCUGCUCUUCCUGCUGCUGAAGCCACUGCAGUUUGUGAGGAUAAAUGAUUCAUAUUUAUCAGAUAAACAACGAGAAGAAUUAGAAGACUAUAUAGAAGACUUACAUGCUACAGGGCCUCCCAAACCACCUACCAAGGAAGCAUUCAAAACCCAUGUCAUUAUUGAUUCUGAAAUGCCGUUAACUGACGAAGAAUACUGCAAUCAAGAAAUGAAGAGGAAACGUGUUCACAAUAGGCUUUAUUGUAUUAAAGAGCAUUUCUUCCUCCAAGCAUCAUAUGAGGACAUUGAAGAGAUGUGUUAUAACAUAUUUGUGAAAUGUACAAAUGGGAUUAGGAAAUGUCACAGGAGCCGGAAAAUAAUAUCAGGAGUGCAUUGUGUUUUAACAAGUGGGAUCAUGAUGCCAUUUUGUGAAUACACAUCGUCUUUCAAGGAGGGAUGGGUCUUUAUCACUUGUCAAUGGGAAGAUGAUAUUGGAGAAAUUAUCCCUGUGUCUGUAAUUGAUAUUUUGGCCAUAUAAAGAAUCAUCCACCAGGAAAAUCUCUUUCCCUCCACCCCUCUAGAAGUAUAUUCUCUAAGAUGUUAAAGCAAGAAGAUAGAAUCCUAUCCUUACUGAUCCUUACAAGUCAAACUUGAGAAUGGAAAAUUUGAUCCCAUUCACUUUCAUCAUUCACUGCCUGCCCUUUUUCUCCUAACACCAGGCAAAGGAAAGGUGGGCUGGAUUAAGAGA